AUGGGACAGAAACCAAUGUUGGGGGCACAGAAAGACGAGAGAAAUGAGUUGGAUGCAUAUCUUAAUCAACUUAAAGUUGCAUCUUCCCGCAAUCAGGAUAGCUUGAGUGAUGUUGCUAUCCAUAUUCAUGAAGCUCGACCAACUGAAGGGGUUAGUCCAGUAGAAGUUAGACCUGCAGAUGGAAUCUUGAAGGUUGAUGGAACGGAAGCUAGAAGGGCUGGUCCCCUCAUUGGAGCUAGAAGGAGGAAGUCUUUUGCUAUUAAGCGAUUUAAGCAAGAACCAAACUUAGGUCUCAGAAAUGAUACCCUUGGAAACACAACAGGUGAUUGUGUCGUAGUUGGACAAGAUGUGAUUAAGAAUACAAACGGGUUGGAUCCUAAUAACAUCGUAGAUGCUCCCCCAAUCAUCUCUGAAAUUAUAAAAAUAAUCAAACCCGUGAACUAUUCAACAUCUAUAGUUAACGACACAGAGAAGGUGUCUAUAUGCUUUUUGGUCAGGAGGUUUAAAGCAAGCUCAUGA